AUGCCGUCGUCGUCCGACAUGCGUGUGUUCAGUUUGAAUCAGACGCGUGAUACGAAGGAAACUUCUGACGCGAAGUUCUUGCGAGCCACAAAGCGUUUCUUCAAGAAAAUCUACACGACGGCUACAUUUCCGAACAAGAAGGUGUCACUGGACGCCGAAUCGCAUUUUCAAAAAGCGCUGCCACUUUUCGAUAACGGAGAGGUGCAAAAAUUGGCUAUGAUUUUCAGCUCUCGUGGAUCUGUACUAAAAAACGACACGGAUUUCUCGCGAAUAGAAGAUUUCCAGAACUAUUCUCAAACCUAUAUCGAUACAAGUUAUCCGGAUAGUGGGCUUGAUUUAGACAGGUACAUUUAUUCGGCUCAAUUGUUCCGUACCUUUUUACGAAUUUUGUAUUUAUUACGUACUUUUCUAGUUUCUAAUAUUUUUCUUCAUUCUUUUUCUUCAUUUCAAUUCCGCGAUGUUCAUGCAAUGCGAGCCAGAGACGCCGCCAUACUUGCCGAUCUGCAUCGAGUCGAGUCGCAGAUCCAGAGUGUCAAGCUGGCUCGUCUCGGUGUCUACGGCGUUGCUACUCAGCAACAGCCGGUCCAGAGUCUUCCGAUAUGA